AUGGUCUACGCUGAAGCUCAGACACGAGGACUUACUGUUUCCUCUCGUGUUAAAACAGCAGAUGAGUGGGACGUGAACAAAUGGGCAUGGGAAGGAGAAUUGAAAGUGGUGAGCAAAGGAGAAGAAUGCAUUAUUAAACUUGUAGAUAAAACCACUGGGGAACUUUACGCUCAGGCCUUUCUGCGUGAUGGUGAACCUUAUCAUGUAGAAGCCGUUAUCGGCAGUAGUAGACUCGGGCUCCGGGAGAGAACUAAAGCAUAUGACUUCCAAACAGCACUACAUGACCACAUGAAGUACUUGAACAAGAAGAAAACAGCAGAAGAAAUGAGGAAUGAUCAAGACACAAAGUCUAAGUUGGUGGAUAAGAGUCUCAGUAAUCUCAGUUGGAAGCAAAGGGAUGUUCAUGCUGAUGCUCAUUACUCUGAUCUCGCUCUUGUAACAUGUGAUGUCGAUGAGAUAGCUGCUGGUUCGAAGUCUAGCUUUGUUCAUGCUGAUGCACAUGGCUAUUGUUUGGUUUAUAUAUAUUUUGGAUGCACAUGA